GAAACAGAUGAUAAUGUUCCUAGAACCUCAAUGGUUGGUGACCUUCAAAAUUUGCAAAAUCUGUCAACAAAUCAGAAGCUUUCCACUGAUAUCUAUACCAACACCCAGCACAAGCAGAUCCAAGAUGCUGAUUCAGGAACUACACUGCACAACACCCACCAAGAUAAUGACGCAAUUGAAAGCUACAACCCAGAAGAAUAUGAGGCCGAAGAACCGUUCGGAGAAGAAUCGUUUGGAGAAGACGAGCUUCCUGCGACUGAAGAAUCGUACUACUCGGACGGUUGGAUCGACAACCUUCUGCAGAAUUACAAGCACAGAAGCACAAAACAUCCUGGAGAUGAAAUCCGGAACUUCUCCCACAAAAUCAUCCAGCCAGUAGAUGUGGGUAACGAUAUUGACUCCGACUUCUCCAAUUGGAGCUCCUCUGGCAACAGUGCAUCGAAGAAUAAUGACCUUCAGUCGCAGAAUUUGGUGUCAUUUACAGCUUUACGCAAUUCGCUGCAUCAAUCUCCACAACUUCCAAAGAAGUUGUCAAGAUCCUAUUUGAGGUCUUGAUUAUUCGCGAUUUUUUUUCGAAAGCCAACUGUUACAUAGAUACAAAUGUCUAACGGUUAUACAAACUUGUCGGGAACAGACCCAAACACGUCAUGGGACGACCAGGAUUUGAUUGAAACAGAUGAUCCCAUAACCUUGCCAACCCAGGGCCAAGGGGGUGCACCACCUGCUGAACGAGUAAUUCAACCCCAAAUCCCCAUUGAUUCAACCAAAAGUCACAUGUUCCAAAUCAACUUUUAUAGGAGAUACUUCGAUUUGAAUACAGAGGACUUUCUUGUCAAGAUAAAGCAGGCAUUGAAUCCGAUCAAUAAAUCGUCAUCUCCAGUGCAAAAUGAAUCCGAAGACGAAGUGACAGAGUUAUACGGGUUUUUCUGGAUCACCGGGACGUUGAUAUUCUUGAUGUUUGUGAGUAGCACCGGCUCCAACAUGUUGUCCCACUUUUUACACUCGUCCAAAGAAAAGGUCAAGUAUGAAUAUGACUUUGACUUGUUGACCCUUUCAAUUUUCUUGUUUUAUGGCUAUAACCUUUUGGUUCCCUUUGCAUUGUAUGCCGUUACAAGCUGGUUCUUGCAUUUUCCCGUGAGGCUCUCAUUGACCAAGCUCAUCUCCAUCUACGGAUACACAAACAUCUUAUGGGUGCCAAUUACCGUUGUUAACCUUUUGAUUGUUUUGUUGGUCAGUAACGAAAAGCAUCACACAAUCCUCAAUAUCCUUGAAUGGAUCAUUGUUUUAUUGAGUGGUUGUGUAACCGGUUUGAGCAACUUGAGUAAAAUCAGCCCAGUUCUCGAAAGAAACACCUUGCAGCUUUAUGACAACGAUUUAGAAAAGUCAAGGAGAUUGCAUAUAGUGCUUAUAGGGCUUCUUGCAUUUUCCCAUUUGUUGUUCACAGUUGUCUUGGAAAUUAGCUUUUUUGGAGUUUUGGUAUAGAUGAGUUAAAAUGUAUUAUAUACUAGGAAGCCAAUUUGCAGCCAAUUUGUAGAAUUCACGAAUCAAAGAAAAUAUCACAACUUUUCUUAG